UCAACAUGAUGCAUAAGCGCAGUUUUUAUAAUAUUAUCAGCGUUUACGUUGAAACAGAGAGAGAAGACAAGGGUUCUUCCUCCUUCUCCUCCAAAAAUGAGUUCUUCUCAGGAUCCUCAGCUUGUUCAACAACAAUCCGUUGUGGAUGUUGAAGAAUUUGUCUCCGUUGAAAACCCCGAUUCCAAACGCUACCAGUUUGGAUCGUUGUUCAAAAACCAUUACCCUCCCAGCUUUUCUCGGAAGCUUGUGGCGGAGGUGAUAGCGACGUAUUUGUUAGUGUUUGUAACGUGUGGGGCGGCAGCAUUGAAUGGGAGCGAUGCACAAAGAGUGUCGCAGCUUGGUGCCUCGGUCGCCGGUGGCCUUAUUGUGACGGUGAUGAUUUACGCGGUCGGACACAUUUCCGGCGCCCAUAUGAACCCGGCUGUCACCACGGCUUUUGCUGCAACACGACACUUUCCAUGGAAACAGGUUCCAUUGUAUGCAGCAGCUCAAUUGAGUGGGGCAACCUGUGCAGCCUUUACACUGCGCCUAUUGUUACAUCCCAUCAAACACUUGGGCACUACAACGCCAUCGGGAUCAGAUUUACAAGCACUCGUCAUGGAGAUUGUUGUUACCUUCUCAAUGAUGUUUGUCACAUGCGCUGUUGCAACCGAUACUAAAGCAGUGGGAGAGCUGGCAGGUUUGGCAGUUGGUUCUGCCGUGUGUAUCACAUCCAUCUUGGCUGGACCUGUAUCAGGUGGGUCGAUGAACCCUGUGAGGACAUUAGGACCUGCAAUGGCAAGUGAUAAUUAUAAAGGACUUUGGGUGUACUUUGUUGGGCCGGUUACAGGAACCCUAUUAGGGGCAUGGUCAUAUAAGUUCAUACGUGCCAGUGAUAAACCUGUGCAUUUAAUUUCUCCUCACUCAUUUUCACUCAAACUUCGAAGAAUGUCAAGAUCUGACGUUGGUGAAGGUGAAAGAUGAGCAUUAACUCGACAUCUUCCAAUAUGACCUUUUAAGUAUUGGAAAGAAUGUGAAGUAGUAUGAGUGUUUAAUGAGCAUAGUGAUCUCAUGUACUAUGUUAUAAUUAAGUUUACUUCUUACCAUCUAGCAGCCUGUGAAAGCUUACUUUCGUAUAGUUUAGCACUGUGUAAGAGGUAGCCUUUGUAAUUUAGCUUCGUUCUAUAAAUGAAAUUUUCUACUUCUUUACUUUUGUA